AUGGAAACGAAAUCGAUUCAGGCUCAAUCUGUAGCCACUCCAGUUUACAUAUUGCGUGGACACAACUCCCCAAUUCACGCACUGCAUAUCUACAACCAAAAUCUACGUCUGAUAUCCGGCGACGCCAAUGGAUGGAUCGUCGUUUGGGACUUGGUAACUAAGCGACCUGUGGCAGCAUGGAAAGCACAUGCAGGAGCUGUGUUAGAAGUGAAGGGUUUCAAACUCGGCUCAGGCAUGACCGAGAUCUAUACACAUGGACGUGAUCACAAACUAUGUGUCUGGAAGAUUCGGGCCGAAGAUGAAUCUUUCCUUGAGAACACCUUACCAGUUGAUGCAAAGGAAGAUGGACAGAAAAGCAAGACCCAGCCUUGGUUACUUCAUUCUCUACCUGUGAAUGCGCUUAACUUUUGUGCUUUUUCAAUGACAUUCCUCAACUCGGAUGGUCUGCCUGGUCUUCCGGCCCAAGAAAAAAAGCCCGAAGCUACUCUUUUUGCCGUCCCUAAUGCCUUAGACUCUGGCGGUAUUGAUAUCUUCCACUUACCAUCCGAGCGUCGGAUCAGUACCAUAGCUUCUGAUGCUUCAACCAAAACCGGAAUGCUAAUGGCUGUGAAUCUUUUCGUGGCUCCUGCUGGAGAUAUCUAUGUCACUUCAGCAUAUGAAGAUGGCCAUGUCAUGGUCUUUCACCAUCGAAGAGCUCUCGAUUCCAUCGCUUUUGACCGUGAAAACAUAAACAAGAACCCUUUGAAGUGGGAUAGGCUUUACGCUUGUCGACCCCAUACCCAGCCGGUCCUUUCCUUGGAUUUCUCUCCGUCACUCGGGUACUUUAUCUCCUCCUCGGCAGAUUCUUUGCUUGUCAAACACCCUAUUCCGAGUCCAGACCAAGCUGGCUACAAGGAAGAAUCGCCUCUUAAAGCCGUCAAUACCAAACACUCGGGUCAGCAAGGUCUGCAAAUCCGGUCGGAUAGCAAGGUAUUUGCCACUGCUGGUUGGGACAGUAGGACCCGGGUAUAUUCCAGCAAAACGAUGAAGGAACUUGCUGUGCUCAAAUGGCAUAAAGACGGAUGUUACACAGUGACAUUUGGCAAUAUCUUAAACAAAUCUUCGACAUUCCCCUCAACCAACGCCGAUCCUGCAAAUCAAAUUUCUCAGGAUGGGAACGAAAACCCAGUGUCCGAACGUGACUAUUCUCUCGCAACGGUCCAGGAACAGCGUAACCUGAAAACACAACAAACUCAUUGGCUUGCGGCUGGUUCCAAAGAUGGAAAAAUUUCAUUAUGGGAUAUCUAUUGA